ACGUUUAUUUCAAAAUGCAUACAAAAAUACAUAAAUUGAAAUCAUAAAUUGCUAUCUAUCGCUGUUUUAACUACAUAUGUUUUCGUGCUAAUCCGUGCACAUAACACUGUUCGUUGCAUUCAACUUUGAACUUAUCAAUGUGUAUAAUGUGAUCAACGAAAGAUCCGCACCGGUUAUCUUCACUGUAGCGAAAACAACGCUAGUCAUAAAUUAUAGCGAAAGGAAGAAAAACAAAUCGCCAAGUUAGGUGCGGCGGCGAUGAUAACAACGAAAUAUUUUUUCCUCCUAAUAUUGAUUGCUGCUGGGUUAAUUUUUAUUGUUCUGUUUCAUUGGUUUGCAUCAAACUAUGAUACCGAAGAACGGAAGACUGCUCAUUAUGAACCAGUCAAUCCUGAUCAACUCCUGCAAACUAAUGCUCGACACUGGCAAACGAUGAGUCACCAAGAGGACCCAGCACUGAGAUUAGUAAAUUUCGAUGAGCAGUUGGUUGUUAUUUACAAUCGAGUUCCAAAGACUGGCAGUACAAGUUUCGUGAACCUUACUUACGAUCUUUGCCGAAAGAAUGCAUUCCACGUGCUUCACAUCAACAUUACGGCCAACAUGCACGUAAUGUCCCUACCAAAUCAAAUACGGUUUGUACGAAACGUAACAGCUUGGGGAGCAAUGAAACCUGCUUUCUACCACGGUCACCUAGCAUAUUUAGACUUUUCGAAGGUAGGAGUUCCAGCAGCAAAACCGUUGUACAUAAAUCUGGUCCGAAAGCCAUUGGAUCGUUUGGUUUCAUACUACUAUUUUCUCCGUUAUGGAGACGAUUACCGACCACAUCUGGUGCGCCAUCGAGCAGGAGAUACGAUGACUUUUGACGAAUGUGUGACACGACGAAAGCCUGAUUGUGAUCCUGUCAAUAUGUGGCUUCAAAUCCCGUUUUUCUGUGGUCAUGCUGCAGAAUGCUGGAAACCGGGAAGCACGUGGGCUUUAGAAGAAGCGAAAAGAAAUCUUGUAAAUGAGUACUUUCUUGUCGGGGUAACUGAAGAAAUGGAUGAGUUUAUAGAACUUCUGGAGCUAGCAAUACCCAGGCUGUUCAGAGGUGCCUCGGAUUAUUUUUCUAAAUCUAACAAAUCGCAUUUGCGAAAAACUAAGUCCAAAGUUGACCCUUUGCCAGAGACAGUAGCUAAAAUACAACAGUCCAACAUCUGGCAGAUGGAGAACGAGUUGUACGAGUUCGCACUAGAACAGUUUCAUUUUGCCCAGAUGAAGUUGCACACGCCAGGGAAAAGCAUUAUGCAAGAUUUCUUCUAUGAGAAGAUUAAACCAAAUCAAAAUGUCGCUGGAAAACCCUAAUCGGCGCUCAGGGAGCUCAACGGUGAGUUUCAUGGAAUUACUAAUCUCAGCUUGGAGAAGACCGGAACAUAAGGAUAUUGAAUGUGAAUUAGUGAGCUAAAACUGUUGAUUAAUUAUAACUUUUUUUCUUAUAAAAAUAACAUAGAAAACGUAACAUUUCUCGGAAAAAUGAUUGCCGAUUUGCUGGUCGGUUGGUUUAAAAAAAAUGUGAUCAAUAGUAGUAUGAUUUGACGGUAGGAUUAGUAAGCAAACAAAAAACAAAUAUCGUUUGGUGUUUUGUGAAAUAGUACCUUCAGUUUACCUCAUAGUAGCCUUGCGUUCAUUCCACGUUGAUUGUCCAUUUCUAUGCAAGAGCCAGUACGGUUUUAGCUAAGGCUACAAUUAAACAAUUAGUAUCUAAAAACUUUAAUAAAAGACACUUUUUAUGAUCAA